GCCUCCCCCCUCGGCCCGCCCGCCCCGCGCGGAGGUUCCGGAGGUUCCGGCCGCGCCCGCCAUCGCCCCUCCGCCCUGCCCGCCGCCGCUCGCCACGGGGGGAUGUCCCGCGGGGGUCGCGGGAAGGAACCAGCCCUGGCAAGGAGGUGACAAGGGACGAGCAGCACCUCCACCCCCCACAGGCUGCCCGUUGCCAGCCGUCCCGCCCCACUUAACCUCCGAAAACUAUGGAAGAUCCCAAUUAUCCCAACGUGCUGGGAUGCUCCUGCACCACUCCUCGUUCCCCCUCUGCUUUCCCGUGAGUUUUCACGGAUUCAGACGCUCCAAUCCCGUUUUAAGCAGGGUUUUUUUUUGCUGUGGGAGAACGGGAUCUGCUCGGCUCCGGCGUGGCUAAGCCAGGAAUUGCAUCCAGCCUUUCUUGGCUAGGCCAGGAAUUGCAUCCAGCCUGCAUGGACAGGGCAACCUUCGCCCGUUCCACCGCCUUUUUCCACGACUCCAGCGCCUCACCCCAGGCUGCUCCGGGCCUGCCGGGGGGACACGUUGACUUCAUCGAGAAAGUCGAUUCCUUCAGCUACUCGGAUUUUUUCCGGGAUUAUCUGAUCCCCAACCACCCGUGCGUGUUCUCAGCCAGGCUGACGGAGGACUGGGGCAGCAGGAGGAGCUGGGUCACGCGCGAUGGGAAGCCCAACUUCGAGCACCUGCUGCGGGAGUUCGGAGAGGCCGUGGUGCCGGUGGCCCGGUGUGACGUGAGGGAAUACAAUUCCCACCCCAAGGAGCAGCUGCCGUUCCGGGAGUACGUGCGGUACUGGCAGGAGUACAUCCGCAACGGAUACCGCUCCUCCCGCGGCUGCCUCUACCUCAAGGACUGGCACCUCAGCAGGGCUUUCCCAGAGCAGGAUGUUUACACCACCCCCGUGUACUUCUCCUCCGACUGGCUCAACGAAUACUGGGAUGCUGUGGCUGUGGAUGAUUAUAGGUUUGUCUACAUGGGACCCAAGGGCUCAUGGACACCGUUCCACGCCGACGUGUUCCGCUCCUACAGCUGGUCCGCCAACAUCUGCGGCAGGAAGAAGUGGCUGCUGUAUCCGGCGGGGCAGGAGGAAUUCCUCAAGGACACACACGGCAACCUGCCCUUCGACGUGACCGCCCCCAGCCUGCAGGACAGGAGGGUGUACCCUCGCUACAGCCAGAGCCAGCCCCCCCUGGAGAUCGUGCAGGAGGCGGGAGAGAUUGUCUUCAUCCCCAGUGGGUGGCACCACCAGGUCUACAACCUGGAGGACACCAUCUCCAUCAACCACAACUGGGUGAACGGCUGCAACGUGGCCAUCAUGUGGUGCUUCCUGCAGGAUGAGCUGGCAGCUGUCCAGAGGGAGAUCAACCAGUGGAAGGAUCCUAUGGAUGACUGGCACCUCCAAUGCCAGUUGAUCAUGAAGUCCUGCACGGGCAUCGACUACAAGGAGUUCUACAACUUCCUCAAGGUCAUCGCAGAGAACAGGAUUUCAGUCUUGGAAAAGGGCCUGGAUGAGGAGGCUUCGGCCAAGAACACUUCCAAAGCUGCCAUUUCCACCCUGGGAAUGCUCCACGCCGUGUUUGACCUCAAGAGGACGGUGAAGGUGUUGACGUCCCUGAGCGCCAACGAGGAUUUCAAGAAGCUGGAUCUGAGCUCGCUCUCCCCCCCUCCAGAGGCUUUGCUGCACCACCUGAAAGCUGCCAUCGAUACAGCCUUGCUCUGAUUUCCCCAUUCCCUCGGUUCUUCGGGAAAAGGAACCUUUUCCCAAAGGGUUUGGAGGAGGUUCCUCCUCCCUGUUCACCUGCAGGGCAGUUGAGGUACAAAGAGCUUUACUCCCUUCAGCAGGACAAUCAUUUUGGAGCUGCUGGAGGAGGGAAAAAACCAAUCCCACAUAAAGGAAAACCCCACCCCUUUGUCAGUAUUUUAUUCCCAGUCAGGGAAGGGGGACAGAAAUUCCCUGUGGAUAACCAAAUUCCCUGUGCUUCCAAGAGCAAACAGCUCUGCUUUGCCUGCUCCCAGCUCCAUGAUUUGAAGACUUCCAGGUGCAGCUCAGCUUAACUUUUCCUUCCUUUUUUUUUUUUAGGGAAUUUGAGCUAGUUUGCUUCCAUGGAAGUCUGAGCUGGAGCCUGGAUGUGGAAGGCACUGGUUCUACUCGUGUAGAGCCCCCAAAGCUGGAAUUCUCGGGUGGAAUCAGCCCUCAAACUGCUCCAGGAUUAAAUUUAACACCAUAAUUAAGACCCUGGAGCCCUGAUUGCAAUUAGAGCACUAUUAAUUAAGCAUGUGACCACCCCCUCCCAACCUGAAAAGGAGGAAUUGGAAUGUACUCCCACCUUUCCCCCCACAAUUCCAAGGCACAGCAGGGAUUUGAUCAGGGAAGGAGCCUCCUCUCAGCUGCUCCAACCAGCCCUCUGCAUGGUUCCACAGCACAAUUCCCAGCUGGAAUGCCGAAAUAUUCCCGGGGAAAACCUCCCUCUUGCUCUUCCUGCUGGGUGGGAAAGCCCAGAGAAGCACAAAUGGCUGCACACUGUUACCUGAGUUGCCACUUCAGGGCUCACUUGAAUUCUUGCUCAAGAACUUCCUCAAUUUUUUUCCAACCUCCCUUCCCCCAGGAAAAGCAGCUACAAACUGUAUUUGAGGAAGUGCAAUAGCAGAAAACCCUGAGCAGGCUGAGAAUUCCCUGGUUUUCUAGAUAAUUCCAUGGGUUUGUACUCGCAUGCACUUUUUGCAUGUCCUUUUCUAGUAGAAAAAUCUGCAUUUUCCACUAGCAAGUGGUACCUGGAAUGAAAAAUCCUCACCUAGAGCAUGGAAAAAAAAAAAAGUGGAGAAAAAAGCAUUUUUUUGGGGGGGAUUAAACCAUCCCAGUGCUCCAACCUGCUGACAGGGGGUUGGAAAAGCACCAGCUCUGCAACUCCCACUUCCCAGCUGCUCCUUAGGGGCCGUUUCCUUCCUUCUCCAAAACUCAGCUGGAGUUUUCCUCCUCAGGUGAACAAAAGGGGACAUCUCCUCCAGGUGGGGAAAGAGGAUUCCAAGCUGGCAGUGCCGUGUUUUUGGUGGGAAAAAGCAUGUUUUUGGCCUCGUGUCCCUGCAUGUUGUGACACUGGCACCGACCACGUUCUCCUCGCUGGUUCAGCAGGGAGGAAAAAGCACCCAAAAAAAUGAGAUUUACUGAUCCAGAUUUGCACCUGAAAUCCCUUCAUUCCCAGGAAUGAUCAAGGAGCCACGUGUUCCCUAAAAAGAAAUCCAUCAGAGCAAAACCCUCAAGUGCUUCAAGACAAGCAAAGGGGUUGGAAUGAGGAGCAGGUGAGGCUGGAAUGGAAACUUCCAACAGCUUUAUUUAAAUAUAAAGUUCCUGUUAAAACAGCCAGGAGGAGGAGACUCUCAUCCCAAUCUAUUCAUUGUAAUCAUUGUGUUACUUAUUAAAGCAUAAAUCCAUGUGGGAAAUGGGAGCCAAGAGCCUGUGGAGUUGGGUUGUGUUUGCCUGGAUGAUUAAUUAGUGACCUGGACAAUUAAUUAGAAGUCAAACUGUAAAAAAUAAUUUAAAAAAAAAAAGAAAAAAAAUAAAGCAGGUUAAAAUCUGUGUCAA